GACGCGCAGUAGCUCGCGACCUCGCGUCCGACAGAAAGUGAUUGUUGUUGACGCGGUUGACGCCGUUCCGCGGUCACGUUAGUCACGUACGCUCACGUACGGUAUUUUGCGUCGUUCGACGUGCGAGUCGCGUGCGUGUCCGGAAACUUUGGGAUGGUAAUCGGUGCCGCGACGAACAUCCGAAUUACCGUCGUUGUCGCGAUUCCGUCGCGCGGUUGACAUGUCGAGGUCGGUGACACGUGCCGUCCACCGAAUUGUUGCGCAUCGUCGAUCGAGCGGGCAAUAACCCAAAAGAAAUGCGUGAGACGGUAAACAACGGCUUCCUCGCCGCCGCGGUCGUCCUGUGUUCCUUGACUGGAUACGUCUGGGCCUCGCAUUGUUAUCCAGACUACUGUCUGUUGCAGAAUCUGACUUACUUGGGACCAUCACCGGAUUCCCAAUGUGUACUAACAGCAGUACAAAGGGGAGAAGGUUGCGCAAAGCUAAGAUUUGUGGAUGCCGGAAAGCCAUCAUCCAUGCGGAAUGACGCUGCAAUUUUCACGUUGUACGCGUAUGUGAAAAACUUCGAUAAAGAAAAGGCGACUGCGUUCAAUUUAUCAGUCUCGGAUAUUAAUUUUCACAGAUUAAUCACGCGUUAUCAAAACAUCGACGACGACGACGAGAACGCGUGCAGGCACAUCGAGCUGUACGGGAACGCCAGCCAUCCCGCUCCCAAAGACUUGUACGUGUCGUGCCCCUUCUCCGGUGCUGCGUACGAAGGAUCCUCGUAUCGCUUGGAGUAUCUCGCGAUCGGAAAACAUUACGCGUACAGCAGAAAAUACGUAUUCCACGUGCCGCAGCACGAAUUUAUUAACGAUGAUGUCCAGGUCAAAACGUUCACGCCUUUCGUAUACAUUGACGUGUCGGAUCCGUCGGAUCCGGCGUUGUACAUACAACCGCUCCCGUCGAAGUACAACGUGACGCAGUACAAGGCGUGGCUGAUUAACAACGACACGAAGUCGACGAUCGUUACCGUGAUCGUGUCCGCGAGCAAGGACCACGAGCACGUGCGACACAACUUCUCGGCACCGGACGGCAUCUAUUACGUCAAAGUCACUGCCCUGCAUCCCGAGUGCGGCGAGCAUGGAUGCGCGAACAGCACGUCGCCCUGUAUAUACAUAAAACACGCGUCUCAUCGACUGCUGAUUAUGAUAAUCAGCUUAAUAUGGAUACCACCUACAAUAUUGUACGCGCUGUACCACGCGUUCAAGCUGUACAAAAAAAGCGUUUUGAAGAGAAUGGCGAUAAAGCCGAACUGCUUACUGGUGUACUCACCGACGCAUCCGUCGCACGUGAACGUAAUGGCGGAGUUAGCAAAGUACUUACGAUACUGUAAUAUCAAUGCCAUGAUCGACAUGUUCGACAUCGCACAAACCGUCAGCAAAGACCCGGGACUCUGGUGCAACACCGCGUUUCAGACCGCGGACGUUGUCCUGGUCGUGACGUCUCCGCCGUCGACGUCCGCGAAAAUCGACGCGACGAUCAUUUAUCGAAACGUAGACAACCACCUGUUGCGACUGUUGAAGGAGAACUAUCCGCGGAGAAACAAGAGGUAUUACGCGAUACACCUGCCGUACUGCAAGUCGGAGCAUUUGCCGGAGGAGGCGCGGCUCUUCAGGAAGUUUUGCAUACCCAAGGACCUGACGAAGCUCGUGAAGACGAUCCACGGUAUCGUCUGUCUGCGAUUCUUCCCGUCGACAGACCAGGAGCUGCUGGAAAGCAUCAAAUUCGCCACGGCAAAGAUAUCCGAGGACGAGACCGCGAACGUGACGAAAAACACCGAGGAGACCGACGAUUUAUUGCCACCGAUCGUCGGCGUUGUACGAGAGACUGCAAAUUGCGAUGUCAAUCGACCUCCUAUCGAAGUCCGAAGGCCUGACACAUCGGAUAGCGGUAUUAUACCUCAAUCUUUCAUGACGCGUAUCGACGAACUGAAUCUGCUUGGUGAGAUUGACGAAGAGAAAUCCUUUGUCACUAAUUCCGCGAGGAAUGAUUGCGAGUUUCGCAUAGAUAAGUUGAACUUGUGAUUUUUAUCUUUUUUUUUAUAUGUGUAGUAUGUAUAGUUCGUAAGAGAUUAUUUUCUUAUCAUUUUCUUAUCGAUUGAUUUUAUAUGUAAUAGUUAAUUAGAAUAAAUAAUUUUCCAUAAAUUUCA